AGAGUCUUUUCUUUUUUGUGCGUUGCCCCGUUGACUUGAAGGGGCUCUACGUGACGACUGGAAGAGGGGGCAACACUUGAGCUCGGAGGCGCAGCGGUGCAGGACAGUUCAGAGAGCGCAGAGAGGAGAGGAGCAGUGCGGGAGAGACGGCGCCCAUCCGUCAACCAGCUGGAGGAACCCGCAAUAACAAACUUAUGGCUGCUUGAGAAAUAACGAUACACCCCCCCUCCCCCUUUUUUCUCUUUCUCUGGGACUUUUGGCUUUUAGUUUUUCCUUGUUUUGUCCUGACCACAAGUUGUCGCGCGUCUAAUUAGUUGCUCCAAGUUGAAAUCCACUUGCCGUGGACGUCUGUGUCGGUCAUGGAUACGCAUAUAAGAUGGAAAGUUAAAUGGAGGAUAAGGGACGCCCUAAUCACUUUAGCGGUGAUUCUGCUUUUUGUCACGUCGCAAGCAAGUUCAGCCGAACCAGCAGACCUCUUGAAGAUUUUAGAUUUUCACAGUUUACCUGAGGGUGUUACAAAAACAACGGGUUUCUGCUCACAUAGGCGGUCAUCACAAGGACCCGAUGUGGCUUACAGAGUAUCCAAAGACGCCCAGCUCAGCGCCCCCACCAAACAGCUGUACCCAGGUGAUGCCUUCCCUGAGGACUUUUCCAUCUUGGCCACGGUGAAGCCUAAUAAGGGCAGCCAGUCCUUCCUGUUGUCUGUGUACAAUGAGCAGGGCAUCCAGCAGCUUGGCCUGGAAGUGGGCCGCUCUCCUGUGUUCCUGUACGAGGACCAGACGGGCAAACCCAGUCCAGAGGACUACCCCCUCUUCAGAGGAGUCAACCUAGCUGAUGGAAAGUGGCAUCGAGUGGCCAUCAGUGUGCACAAGCAGACCAUCACGCUCAUUCUGGACUGUAAAAAGAAGACCACCCAGAAGCUGCUCCGAAGCCCCCACCCCAUCAUCGAUACCAAAGGAAUAAUAGUGUUUGGAACUAGAAUACUUGAUGAAGAAGUCUUUGAGGGAGACAUCCAGCAGCUAAUGAUUGUAGCAGACCAUCGUGCUGCCUAUGACUACUGUGAGCACUACAGCGCCGAUUGUGAAGUGCCCAUGCCCGACCAGCCGCAGAACCAGGACCCCAACACAGAUGAUCUGGACAAGAACUACUAUUACGAAUACCCUUACUAUGACGAUGUGGAUGGCAAGCCUUACGAGUUAUCUCCCGAUACUGACGACACAACCAAGGAAGUGACGGUCACAGAUGGAGCCGAUGCGAUAACUACAUUCGAGGAUGCGGGCGCCGGCGGCAAAGUCCUGACCUCCGUCUCCACCAGCUCGUCCUCCAGCUCAUCCUCCAGCAGCUCUUCGGCAGGCGCUGCAGCCACGGGAGGAGGAGACGCCUACGGAGACGAGAACAGCCCUUACGACAGCUACAACGGCUACGACACCUACGACAGCUACUACGACGAGGCCACGGCUGCGCCCGACGGCGGCGACUCCCAACGCGUCACCGUCAGCAUUGGCACCGGGGGCGAGCUGGACCUGGGAGCAGGUGGGAUGGUUGACUUAGGUACCGGGUCCGUAAUCGAAAGGAAGGUCAUCACCAGCGGUGGAGGAACGUCCAUAACGAUCACCAGCAAUAAAACAUCAGCAGGAACUACCUAUGAUGACUACUCUGACGCAUACGAUUACGGGGUGGACUACACCACUGGUGGAGGCGGCGGCAGCAGCAGCAGCUCUACCAUCACCCUCGGGGGCGGGUCUGCCGGUGGAGGAGGCAGUUCCGUAUCGGUCGGAGGCGGUUCCGUCUCCGUUGGUGGAGGUUCUGUCUCCGCUGGAGGUAGUUCUGCCUCCGCUGGAGGUGGUUCUGUCUCCGCUGGAGGUGGUUCUGUGUCCGUUGGCGGAGGUUCCGUCUCCGCGGGAGGAUCUUCCACCUCUAGGGGCGGGUCUGCUAGCGCCGGCGCCGGAGGCGGCGGGUCCAUUGCCACUGGGACGGACCUUGGCUUGGGCGGCGAGGACGACUACAAGGAUCUGGAUGGGUUCAAGGAGGAGUCCAUCACCGACUACGGCGACUUGGACGGCUACGACGCCUACACAGACCUGGACUACUCCGACAAUGGGGGCAAAGUGCUGCCCGCCGAGACCGACGAAUAUUAUGGCCAGGUCGACGGAGCUCGUGGUGAGAAAGGACAGAAGGGAGAGCCUGCUGUCAUUGAGCCUGGGAUGUUGGUGGAGGGUCCUCCCGGGCCUGAAGGUCCAACAGGUCUCCCUGGACCCCCAGGUGCUUCUGGCCCACCAGGCAGUCCUGGAGAUUCAGGAGAGAGGGGUCCUCCCGGUCGUCCUGGUCUUCCUGGUGCUGAUGGUCUGCCAGGACCCCCUGGAACUGUCCUGAUGCUGCCUUUCAGAUUCAGCGCUGGAGGUGACUCCGGGCAAAAGGGACCUGCUGUGUCAGCACAGGAGGCCCAGAUGCAAGCCAUCAUGCAGCAGGCUAGGCUGGCCAUGCGCGGUCCGACAGGCCCAAUGGGUUUGACUGGCAGACCUGGACCGCUGGGUCCUCCUGGUGUACCGGGUUUGAAAGGAGAGUCUGGAGAGUCGGGACCUCAGGGACCGCGUGGACCUUUGGGAUCCCCAGGACCGUCCGGAAAGCCUGGCAGGAGGGGCCGGGCCGGAGCCGACGGUGCCAGGGGCAUGCCGGGCCAGACCGGACCCAAGGGAGACAGAGGAUUCGACGGUCUGGCUGGACUUCCUGGUGAAAAGGGCCACAGAGGUGAACCCGGGCCAUCUGGACCUCCUGGCUCUCCUGGAGAGGAUGGAGAGAGGGGAGAUGAUGGAGAGAUCGGACCCAGGGGACUUCCUGGUGAACCAGGGCCCCGUGGUUUGCUGGGACCAAAAGGACCUCAGGGACCUCCCGGACCACCUGGCGUUACUGGAAUGGACGGCCACCCUGGACCCAAAGGAAACAUCGGACCUCAAGGAGAACCAGGACCUCCCGGUCAGCAAGGCAACCCAGGUGCCCAGGGACUCCCAGGGCCCCAAGGAGCCAUCGGACCACCAGGAGAGAAGGGCCCAACUGGAAAGCCUGGCUUGCCAGGAAUGCCAGGAGCUGACGGCCCACCGGGUCACCCUGGAAAGGAGGGUCCUUCCGGAGAUAAAGGACACAUGGGCCCUGCUGGCCCCCAAGGACCCAUCGGUUAUCCCGGGCCCCGUGGUGUGAAGGGAGCCGACGGCGUCCGCGGCCUGAAAGGAACCAAGGGCGAAAAGGGAGAAGAUGGUUUCCCCGGCUUCAAGGGAGACAUGGGUAUCAAGGGCGACAGGGGAGAGCUUGGACCAGCAGGACCCAGAGGAGAGGACGGUCCCGAGGGGCCCAAGGGUCGCUCAGGCCUUCCCGGAGAUGCUGGCCCUCUUGGUCCCACCGGCGAGAAGGGUAAACUUGGAGUUCCCGGAUUGCCAGGAUACCCAGGAAGACAAGGACCAAAGGGAUCUCAAGGUUUCCAAGGUUUCCCCGGUGCCAAUGGAGAAAAAGGAACUCGGGGAACAGCAGGAAAGCCGGGCCCACGCGGACAGAGAGGACCAACGGGCCCUCGAGGAGAGAGGGGACCGAGAGGACCAACAGGAAAAGCUGGACCAAAGGGUAACUCAGGAAAUGAUGGCCCACCAGGACCUCCCGGUGAGAGGGGUUUGCCAGGGCCUCAGGGACCAACAGGUUUCCCAGGACCAAAGGGCCCUCCUGGACCUGCCGGUAAAGAUGGACUGCCUGGACACCCUGGACAGAGAGGCGAGACUGGAUUCCAAGGAAAGACAGGUCCUCCCGGUCCUCCAGGUGUGGUUGGACCUCAGGGACCAACAGGUGAGACUGGACCAAUGGGAGAUCGUGGCCACCCUGGACCCCCAGGCCCACCCGGUGAGCAGGGUCUACCUGGAGCUGCAGGAAAAGAAGGAGCAAAGGGUGACCCCGGACCUGGAGGCCCAGCCGGCAAGGACGGUCCUCCUGGACAAAGAGGUUUCCCUGGCGAGAGAGGUCUGCCCGGCCCUGUGGGGGCUCACGGCCUGAAAGGGAAUGAGGGUCCUCACGGCCCACCUGGCCCUGCUGGUUCUCCUGGUGAGCGUGGUCCUGCUGGCCCAGCUGGACCUACAGGUCUCCCUGGACGUUCAGGCCCACAAGGACCCCCUGGCCCUGCUGGAGAGAAAGGUGGACCGGGAGAGAAAGGACCUCAAGGACCAGCUGGAAGAGAUGGUAUUCAGGGACCCGUGGGUCUGCCAGGACCAGGAGGACCUCCGGGACCACCUGGAGAGGACGGUGACAAGGGAGAGCUCGGAGAGCCAGGCCAGAAAGGAAGCAAGGGCGACAAAGGAGAGCAUGGUCCACCUGGUCCCACUGGCCCUCAAGGACCCGUUGGAGCUCCAGGUCCUGCUGGUGCAGAUGGUGAGCCUGGUCCCAGAGGUCAGCAGGGUAUGUUCGGCCAGAAGGGAGACGAUGGAUCAAGAGGAUUCCCCGGACCUCCUGGCCCAGUUGGGCUGCAGGGCUUGCCUGGUCCACCUGGCGAGAAAGGUGAAACUGGAGACGUUGGUCAAAUGGGUCCACCUGGUCCCCCUGGUCCCAGAGGCCCCUCUGGACCCCCAGGAGCUGAUGGCCCUCAAGGACCACCUGGUGGUGUUGGAAACCCUGGUGCUGUUGGAGAAAAGGGAGACGCUGGUGAAACAGGAGAGCCCGGACUGCAGGGAGAAAACGGCCCACCAGGUCCAAGAGGAGAGCGUGGAGAAAAGGGAGAGUCUGGUCCCGCUGGUGCUGCUGGACCUCCUGGUCCUAAAGGUCCUCCUGGAGAUGACGGUCCCAAAGGCAGCCCGGGUCCAAGCGGUUUCCCCGGUGACCCAGGACCUCCUGGAGAGCCCGGUCCAGCUGGCUUAGACGGUCCACCAGGCGACAAGGGAGAUGACGGAGAGGCCGGUCAGGCUGGCUCACCUGGACCUACUGGAGAAUCUGGUCCCUCUGGACCACCAGGAAAGAGAGGACCUCCGGGAGCAGCUGGACCUGAAGGAAGACAAGGAGAGAAGGGAGCCAAGGGAGAACCUGGUCUAGAAGGUCCCCAAGGAAAGACAGGUCCUGUUGGCCCUCAGGGAUCACCUGGCAAGCCUGGUUCUGAAGGUCUCAGAGGAAUACCUGGUGCAGUUGGAGAGCAAGGGCUACCUGGUUCUCCAGGCCCUGAUGGACCUCCUGGACCCAUGGGUCCUCCUGGUUUACCUGGUUUGAAGGGAGAUUCUGGUGUCAAGGGAGAAAAGGGUCAUCCAGGUCUUAUCGGCCUUAUUGGACCCCCAGGUGAACAAGGAGAAAAGGGUGAUAGAGGUCUUCCUGGUCCUCCAGGAUCAUCUGGUCCCAAGGGAGACAAUGGUAUUGCUGGUCCUUCUGGUCCGCUCGGACCCAUUGGCCCACCAGGAUUACCUGGUCCUCCAGGUCCCAAAGGAGCUAAGGGGUCAUCGGGUCAAACUGGACCUAAGGGAGAGAGUGGUGUACCCGGACCUCCUGGUCCUCCUGGCCCUCCCGGAGACGUCAUCCACCCGCUCCCCAUCCACGCUCCCAUGAAGGGCAGGACGCGCAGGAACAUCGACGCCAGCCAGAUGAUGGACGACGCACCCAUGGACGCCAACUACAAAGACUACGACGACGGCAUGGAGGAAAUCUUCGGCUCACUCAACUCCCUGAAGCUGGAGAUCGAGCAGAUGAAGCACCCGCUGGGCACACAGGGCAACCCCGCUCGUACCUGCAAGGACCUGCAGCUCUGCCACCCCGACUUCCCCGAUGGUGAGUACUGGAUCGAUCCAAACCAGGGCUGCUCCCGGGACUCCUUCAAGGUUUACUGCAACUUCACAGCAGGAGGAGAAAGCUGCAUCUACCCAGAUAAGAAGUCUGAAGGGAGCAAAAUGGCAAAAUGGCCCAAAGACUCACCGGGCACAUGGUAUAGUCACUACAAGAGAGGUUCCCUGCUUUCCUACGUGGAUGCGGAGGGCAACCCCAUCGGUGUGGUCCAGAUGACUUUCCUGAGGUUGCUGAGUGCAGCAGCCAGGCAGAACAUGACAUACAACUGCUACCAGUCAGUGGCCUGGCACGACCAGGAGCAGGACAACUACGACAAGGCCAUCCGCUUCCUGGGCUCCAACGAUGAGGAGAUGUCUUAUGAUAACAACCCCUACAUCCGUGCCGUGGUCGAUGGCUGUGCGCUGAAAAAGGGCUAUGAAAAGACAGUACUUGAGAUCAACACACCAAAGGUGGAACAGGUGCCAUUUGUGGACAUCAUGUUCAACGACUUUGGCGGCUCCACGCAGAAGUUUGGAUUCGAAGUGGGGCCCGUCUGUUUCGUCGGCUAAGACUUUUCACUGAGCAAAAAAAAAAAAAAAAGCAUAUUUUUUUUUGUUUUCUCAGAAAAAAAAACAAUUGAAAAAGAACAGGACAAUUCUAUUUGUAAAAAAGUAACUUUUUUUUUCCAUAAAGCAACAAGUAUGAGUAAAAUGAAAUCAAGUUGAGAAUACAGUGAAAUUCUGUAGGAAUAGAGGAAAAUAACCUUGAAACCUCAGUGUGCCUUCUCCAUCACAUGCAAGUUUUGAAACUGGAUGUCAGAUCCUGCCUCCUACUCAGUACACACUCACUCACUCACUUCAGUCACACACAACCUAGCCCCGUGUCAUCACACUUUUUUUUGACUUCCCAAAGAACGAAGGCGACCCUGAGAGCUGCAGCCGUUCCAGACGGUCGCAGCGUUUGCCAUGGACUCCAUCAGAUUUGGCUCUUUUCUCUUCUUCAGUUUUGAUCUCCUGUUUUCCCUCAUCUCCCUGCUUUCCCUACUUUUUGAUGUUUUGGUUUGCUCAUUCACUACAGGAGCUUCGUUUGUGCAUAAUUGUCUCCCCAUUAUCUCCAAAUGGGACUUAUAUAUAUAUAUAAAUAUAUAUAAAAUAAUUUUUAUGUUUGUAAGUACAUUCUGUAUAUUUUUCCCGGUAAUGUUUAUUGCUUCUGGCUUCAAAACAUGCAUGUGACUUUAUUACUUUUGAGGUAGGAGACCAUGGAUACGGGGACAGCAUCUAAAUUUCAGAAAGAGAGGAAAUUGGACUUGGAAAUUGAAAAGAAAAAGGAAAAGAAAAAUUGGGGAGUCCUGUCUUUUUGCAGAUGUGGAGCACACCUUGUUGUAAUUUAAGAGCAAAAUGGAAAUAAAAAGACGAAAACCAGCUCUGUGAUAUUAUGUGACAGUUGAUUUGCAAACAAACAAAAAAAAGUAACAGUACAUUCCUCCUUUUUUUUUGUUUCUUUUUUUUUUGUUGUGCCCUCUGAACACAACACCUUGCCUUGGUGGCAAAUAUCAUUAACUUAAUAAACAGCUUCUGUAUGUUUUCCUGAAACACUCGUCUGUCUAACUAUGCAGUGGGAGAUGAUGUCUCAUUUGAAUGAAAACACAAAGAAAUCAAAACCUAGGUGCUAUUAUUUUCUCUCUUCUGUGGUGCUAUGUAUUUUUCUAGUUUGUGUUGUUUGAAUGAAAAAAAAAAGAAAAAAAGAAUUUGUGGCGAUGAUAACUCCCAUCACCAGCGGCCCCCCGCUUAACCCACCCCAUCGGGUGGAUCUUUGCUGCAUCUGUUUUGUUUUUUUUAUUUUUAUUUUUUAAUUUCUUUCUUUCUUAUGUUCAGUGGUGGUAUCUGCAUGCCAUUUCCCUACAUAUCCACUCACAGAUGAGUGCAGCAUGGCGCUGUAUGUUAUCUCCUGCUUCAGCGGACCGCGCAGAUAAGAAAUGUGUCCAAAUGUUGGAAUGACGAGAUGAAAAUAGGUUGGCUUUUGCGUGCCGUUGCUUUAUAUAUAUAUUUUUUUAUUUUAUUUUAUUUUUUUUUUCCUUGGAUCGUCGUUGCUGCAUCGAACUGAUGGAGCUGAAAAGUGGACAUGAAGCGAUUGGGCCAAAGGGAAAUGCUCCAAAAGUUGUGUUUGGUGUGUGACACACUUCCACCAAAGAUUUUCACAUGCAAUUAUUUUCUUUUUCUUUUUUUUUUUUUUUUUUUUAGCUUUAAGUAACGUGGCUUGGAAUCCUUUUUCUAAACAUGGGAAACGACUUUAACACAACAGUAGAAGUUACCAGCUUAGUCAGAUGAAAAAGUUUUCUCACGCGGCGUCAACAAAACUAAAAUAAAUAUUUUUGCUCUUAUUGUAACAAUGCUCUGUGUUUCAAACUAUGCACUCUCUAUGCUUAUGACCACUAGUAUCUACCACAGAUUUUUUUUUACAGCUCUUCAUACGUAGGUUUGUUUUGUUUCCUUUUUAAGUAAAAAAAAAAAAAAAAAAAAAAAAAAAAAAAAGAAUCUUCAAAUAUGUGACUUGAACCAUUUCUGUUAGCUCAAUAUGCUUGUAGAUCCUCGGCUUUUACUUUUCAUUGUGAUGCAGUACACCCAAAUUUAACACUCUCUGCUCUCAGUAAUAAUAAUUAUAAUUAUAAUAAUAAUAAAAUAAGAACAAUUUUUUGUAAAUUUCCAGAACCAGCAGUGAUGCUGCCAUUGUUUUUGUUUCUGUUUUUAUUUUAUUUUGUAGAUUUUCCGUUUUGUCUUGUCUUGUUUGUUUGUUUCCACAGUCUUGUCAAACCUGUGUAAGGAAUAAAAGAGGAUAGAAGAUAUAUUGGUUUUAUGUCAAUAAAUCCAAGUUUACUGUG